CUUCCCCCCUCCCCCUCCCGCACCCCCCUGCACCUGCAGUCUUCGCGCCCCGACAUGCUCACGCAGACCCUCCUCCGCCCUCGGCUCAUGUCGGCCCUCGCCGCCGGCCCGCGCCUCGCCGCCGCCGCCGCCUACUCCACCGCCACCGCCACCGGUGAUCUGGCCCCGCGCAAGGUCCUGAUCACCGGGUCCCUUGGCCAGCUGGGCGCCGUGCUGGCCUCCUGCUUCCGCGGCCACUUUGGCGCGGAGAACGUCAUCACCUCUGACAUCCGCCGGCCGGCUGCCGGCGGCGGGGAGGUGGCCCUGGCCGCGGCCAACGACGGCCCCUUCGUCUUCCUGGAUGUGCGCGACCGCGCGUCCGUCGAGAAGGUUGUCGUCGAGAACAAGGUCGACACCAUCAUCCACCUGAGCGCCCUGCUCAGCGCCAUCGGCGAGCGUGAGCCCCAGCGCGCCCUCGAUGUCAACAUCAAUGGCCUGCACAACAUCCUGGAGAUUGCCCGCGUUCACAAUGCCUCGGUCUUCUGCCCGAGCACCAUCGGCGCCUUCGGGCCCUCGACCCCGGUCGACCAGACCCCCGACCUGACCAUCAUGCGCCCGACCACCAUCUACGGCAUCUCCAAGGUCCAUAUGGAGCUUCUCGGUGAGUACUACGCCAACCGCUACGGCGUGGACUUCCGCUCGGUCCGCUACCCGGGCAUCAUUUCGGCCGACGAGCCCGGCGGUGGCACUACCGAUUACGCCAUCGACAUUUUCCAUCAUGCCCUCAAGACCGGGACAUACAACUGCUUCCUGCACGAGAACACUCGUCUGCCGAUGAUGUACAUUGAUGACUGCAUCGAGGGGACUUUCAAGUUCAUCACUGCCCCUCGGGAGAAGCUCACUCAGUCCACCUACAACAUGGGUGCCAUCGACUUCACCCCGGCCGAGCUGACUUCCUCCAUGCAGCGUCACAUGCCGAACCUCUCGGUCUCCUAUUCGCCGGACUUCCGCCAGAAGAUCGCCGACUCCUGGCCCAACUCCCUGGAUGACUCGUCCGCUCGCAAGGACUGGGGCUGGGACCCGAAGUUCGACCUUGAUUCCAUGGUGGAUGUCAUGUUCAAGAACUUGAAGAAGUAGUCGCCCAGGUGCUGGAUUCCCCCAUUGCUCGCGCGCUGUGACAGGCUGGUGAUUGCCCCUGUCGCCGGCAUGUGCCUGGUCUUUGCGCAGGAGGCGGCGAGGUGAGACCCCCCCCCCUCUCCCCCCACGCGAAGGCGGCCACCGCAUCCUAUGCCUCCCUCCUGACACCCUUUGCGAGGACCGGCGAGAGGCAGCAAAAGGCACAGGUCGCCUCAUGUGCCAGGGUCGCGGCGCACCGUGUGAUCGACACAUAGAAUAGAGAUCACCACGAGAGAAGGAGCAAAACAUAUCCGACCGAGUGUGCCAGCCGGUCUGGUGGUGGUCUGCACACGCGCAUAUCGGCGAAUCAAGAAGCUUG